AAAACCCAACAAGAAGUAAGCUUGUGCCCCCGGGGACCCUUAACAACCUCAACACUACAUGGUAUUUACAAUGGCCCGAGUAUGUGGACUUGUCCGUCCUCUUCAGCAUUUUCCAAGAGAUAGCUGUGUCCCUCUCCUAAAAGUACCAUCAGUUUCAUCAUGUAUUACCACUGCUUCAUUGUAUACAAGAAUUAAAGAGAGACAGCUAAUUUGUUGGAAGGCACCACAAAGGUUGCUUUUUAUUCGAAAGUUUAGCAACAAGGAGAUAAAGACGUCCUCUUCAAAUACUGAGCCAAAAGUUGAUAUUGGGCCUGGCACGUGGAAGGAAAUCUAUCAUGGUAUUCUUUCAACUCAAAUAAAGAUGGUGAAAACAUUCUCCCUCUCCACUUCUUUUCUGGGCCUUAUGGUACAGCCCGUCCUCCUGCAGAAAGUGGUAGGGACUCAAAUGGGAGUGAUUCUUGCUGUCGGUUCCUUUGUUGGAUUCUUUACCUUCAUCACUCCGUUGAUCAUUCACUGGAUUACAAAGAAGUAUGUGACCUGCUUAGAAUAUGAUCCAGAGAAAGAUAUGUACUCAGCCACUACUCUGUCAUUCUUCUUGAGGAGGAAAAAGAUACAUUUCCAUAUAGAUGACGUUAAAGUACCAGAUGUUCCCGGGAUGUUUACAACAUUCCUUGUCAAAGAUCGACCGUUGUUUGUAGAUCCAAAUAUGUUUGAAGACUUGGAACAUUAUGGACGUCUAAUGGGCUACAAUAAACCAGUCAAUUUUCAUUUGGGAGAACCAGAAAAGAAAGAUGUGUGGAUGAAGGGCAGGUGCUACUGACAAGUGCCAAAAAGAGAGAACAUUUAAGGACAAGACUUAAGGUUUGUUGUUAAUGGUAUAUUUCAGUACACUUGUUUAGCUCUUUUCAUUUUAAUAAUAAAGAGAUUUUGUCAUUUACCUUUAAUGGAUAUACCUAAGUUUAUAUAAUCAUGUAGAGUAGGAUAAUUUUUUAUGAAGACAUGAAUGUAUAAUCCCUGCUAUGUAGGAGUCUUUAUAGGAAGUUUUUAGGUCAAAAUCUUCAGAAACAAAAAUGAAUGUAAUACAAAAAAAAAAAUUGCCAAAAUUUCUAAAAGGGCAAUAAUGAUAAGAUAAUUUUUUAAUACUUACACAGAAAUUAUGUUAAAGUUGUGUCCAGUAUAUAUUACAUCAAAUCAGGCACAAAAUAGUUGCCAUGUCUAGAAAUUUCAAGAAUUUCCAGGCACAUUACUUAUAUAUGUAAAGGUAGAAAGUUGAAAGUGAACAUAGAAAAGAGUAAGGUGAUGAGGGUAUUAAAUGAUUUAGAUAAAGAAGAAUUGGAUAUCAAAUUGGAGAGGAGGAGUAUAGAAGAAGUGAAUGUUUUCAGAUAUUUGGGAGUUGAUGUGUCAGCGGAUAGAUGUAUGAAGGAUGAAGUUAACCAUAGAAUUGAUGAAGGAAAAAAGGUGAGUGGUGCAUUGAGGUAUAUGUGGAGGCAAAAAAUGUUAUCUAUGGAGGCAAAGAAAGGAAUGUAUGAAAGUAUAGUAGUACCAUCACUCUUAUAUAGGUGUUAAGCUUGGGUUUUAAAUGCUACAGCGAGGAGGCGGUGGAGAUGUCCUGUCUAGGGGCAGUGUGUGGUGUAAAUAUUAUGCAGAGAAUUCGGAGUGUGGAAAUUAGGUGUGGAGUUAAUAAAAGUAUUAGUCAGAGGGCUGAAGAGGGGUUGUUGAGGUGAUUUGGUCAUUUAGAAUGGAUCGAGGUAGAGUGACACGGAGAGCAUAUAAAUCUGUAGGGGAAGGAAGGCGGGGUAGGGGUCGUCCUCGAAAAGGUUGGAGGGAGGGGGUAAAGGAGGUUUUGUGGGCAAGGGGCUUGGACUUCCAGCAAGCGUGCGUGAGCGUGUUAGAUAGGAGUGAAUGGAAACGAAUGGUAUUUGGUGAAGGGAUUCAGGGAAACUGGUUAUUUUUAUAUAGCCGGACUUGAGUACUGGAAAUGGGAAGUACAAUGCCUGAACUUUAAAGGAAGAGUUUGGGAUAUUGGCAGUUUGGAGGGAUAUGUUGUGUAUCUUUAUAUGUAUAUACUUCUAAACUGUUGUGUUCUGAGCACCUCUGCAAAAACAGUGAUUAUGUAUGAGUGAGGUGAAAGUGUUGAAUGAUGAUGGAAGUAUAUUUCUUUUUGGGGAUUUUCUUUCUUUUUGGGUCACCCUGCUUCGGUGGGAGAUGGUCAACUUGUUAAAAAAAAAAAAAUGUACAGUAUUAUAGGAAAUCAUUUAUACUGUUAGAACAUUGAUUGUAAAAAUGUUGUUUGUUUUCAGCAUACAUCUAUUCAAAUUUAUUCCUUCAACUUCUAUCAAACAAUUUGCCUAACUUUAUUGUCAUUUAGUUAACAAGAGAUUGUAUUUUUUUUUUUUAACAUUUUUCAUGAAGACAUUUUUUUGACAGUUCUGAACCAUUAAUAAAUGUACAUAAUGUAAAAAUAGAAAAUAUCAGCUAUAUCAAAUGAAACAAUAAGACUAA